CCGCGGUUUUGACCUAUGAUCCGGUUAUAAUCACCGAUCUUCCUCCAAAAACAAAAGUUCUCCUUCUCCGCUUGGUCUUAAUUUCUUCCCGCGUGACGCUCACCUUCUGACCUGCCUCUGACCCUGGACCAUGGUUGCCAGAUCUGCUUAACUGAGCAAACGCGAUACAAAAAUAAAACAAAAAACGAUGCAAGUGCAGAGAGUCGUUCUUGAUUGUCGUCCAGGUAAAAAUGGAGAGCCAAGUCCAGGAAAUUUCCGCCUGGAACAAAUAAGUUUAACACCUGACCUGAAAGAUGGGGAAGUCCUGGUUCGGACGCUUUACCUCUCAGUUGACCCUUACAUGCGCUGCCGAAUGAAUGAAGACAGCGGUGCUGAUUACCUGACUCCAUGGCAGCUGUCUGAAUGUGUGGAUGGUGGGGGUGUCGGCGUGGUGGAAACCAGCCGCUGUUCCGCUCUCGCUGAGGGAGAUGUUAUCACUUCAUUCAACUGGCCUUGGCAGACCCAUGCCGUCGUGAAGGGAGAUGGCCUACAGAAGGUUGAUCCACAGAUGGUGGAUGGGCACCUUUCUCACUUUUUGGGAGCAGUAGGUAUAACAGGACUGACUGCGCUGUUGGGAGUCAGGGAGAAAGGCCAUGUGACCAAAGGAGCCAAUCAGACGAUGGUGGUCAGCGGAGCAGCCGGUGCCUGUGGCUCCUUAGCUGGACAGAUUGGUCGGCUGGAUGGAUGUGUGCGGGUGGUUGGGAUAUGCGGAUCAGAUGAGAAAUGCAAAGCUUUGGUUGAAGACCUGGGCUUCUCUGCAGCCAUCAACUAUCGCAAGGAGGACGUCUCAGCGCGGCUUAGAGAUGUCUGCCCCGAGGGAAUCCAUGUUUACUUUGACAACGUCGGCGGUGCCAUCAGCGAUAUCGUCAUAGAACAGAUGAACAAAGGAGGGCACGUGAUUCUGUGUGGGCAGAUCUCCCAGUAUAACAAGGAUGUGCCAUAUCCUCCCCCUCUGAGCGAUAAGACGAAAGAAAUCCUGCAAAGUCGGAGCAUCACUCGGGAGAGAUUUAUGGUGCUUAGCUACAUGAGUAAAGCAGAAGCUGCCCUCUUUGAGCUCAGCCACUUGAUAAAAUCAGCUCAGAUCAAGGUGUUGGAAACAGAGGUGAACGGUAUAGAAAACAUGGGAGUUGCCUUUUGCUCCAUGAUGAAAGGUGGAAACAUUGGAAAGCAAAUAGUUAAAAUAUCCGACUAAAGAAGAUAACUUCUAACCGAGACGCCGCUCUUAAUAU